AGUCCGCUCCGCCCUAAGUUCGAAACGAAGGACUUCUUGUCGAAUUUUCGGUUCACAACAAGGAUUUCUUUUCUUCUUUUCUCAAUGUCGAGUGCGCGUGUAGUGUCUGUGCUUAGGUUGGCAAAUGCCCUUUCCGUGCCAAGGUGUGGAGUAUCUCGAGUCUACUGCCGCGGUCUAGCGACAUCCGUAGGAGAGCUGAAGAGAACUGGGUUGUAUGAUUUUCAUGUGGAGAACGGAGCAAAAAUGGUGCCGUUCGCUGGAUACUCCAUGCCCCUUGCCUAUGGUAGUGUUGGUCAAGUUGCCAGCCAUAGCUACGUGCGUAGUAGCGUAGGCCUCUUCGAUGUUGGCCACAUGGUACAAAGCAACUUCCGUGGUCCCACGGCAACAGCGUUCUUGGAAUGGCUAACACCGUCUUCCCUUUCAUCACUCACCCCUUAUUCUUCGACUUUGUCUGUGAUCUUAAAUGAAAAGGGUGGCAUCAUAGACGACACUGUCAUCACAAAGCACUCUGAUGAUGCGUAUUACGUUGUCACGAAUGCAGGUAGACGAGACAGAGACCUGCCAUGGUUCCGAGAGAAGCUUGAUGAAUGGAACCAUGGCGAGAAAGGUCGGGAUGGCAAGGUAGAAAUUGAAGUUUUAGACAAUUGGGGGCUUAUUGCGUUACAAGGCCCCGAAGCUGCUGCAUAUCUACAAAGGUUCACUUCGUUUGAUCUCAAGGAUCUCAUAUUCGGCACAUCUGCUUUUGUACCUAUUGAGGGUUUCAACUUGCACGUUGCGCGAGGAGGGUACACUGGUGAAGACGGGUUUGAAAUCUCGAUACCACCAUCGCAAACCUUGGAUGUCGCUGAACUUCUCUCAAAACAUCCUGUCAAACUCACUGGUCUUGGUGCUAGAGAUAGUCUACGUCUUGAGGCUGGCAUGUGUCUUUAUGGUAAUGACCUAGACGAAGAUACAACGCCCAUCGAGGCCGGCUUGGCAUGGGUGAUAGGCAAAGAGCGCAGAGAAUCCGGCGAAUUUAUUGGUGCUGAAGGUGUCAGAAGGCAUCUCAAGGAUGGGCCGCCAAGGCGCCGGGUGGGCUUAGUGGUUGAAGGUGCCCCUGCUAGGCAGGGUGCCCAAAUAUUUGCGCCGUCGGGGACGGAUCUCAUAGGUAAUGUCACAUCAGGCAUCCCCUCACCAACAUUAGGCAAGAACAUCGCCAUGGGCUACGUUCAAUCAGGUUGGCAUAAGAAAGGGACAGAAGUGGAAGUGGAGGUGCGAAACAAGCUGCGGAAGGGCGUUCUAACGCCGAUGCCUUUCGUGAAACCAAAGUACUGGAGAGGGUGAAUCCUUACAAGAUGUUGGAUAGUUUUAUACAUUAAUCUACAUCUUGUGACAAAGCAUGUUUGAAUGAUGUCUGCAACGAGACAACGCCAGUGGGUGUAGGUUGAAGCAAG